AUGGGGUGGUGGCAGCGAUGGAACUCAAGAGACUCACGAGCCGCUCGGCCGCCACGGCACAGCAGCUGUUCAAAACGGCAAGUGCUUCCUGACGGUAGACUAUGCAAGGACAAACUUUUAGGGCUAGUCAACCUUGUUCAAAGGACUGGAGCUCAGGCAAUCGUUGGAACCUUUCUCACAGUGGCCGCUAGUGUAGUGGAGGCAGAUGCCCACGUUAUAAGCGUGCAAGAGCGAGACUGGCGGCGAAAGAUCAAGGUAUGGAUUUACAUUCACACUCUCCCAGACACGAAUCCCCUUCGUCGUGUUCACAUCGAGGAUUCAAAUGUUCUACCCAUCACGCAAAUCACCUUUCCACCAAGUGGCAUGCCGGUUAAAGGACGUUUCGGUGGAUGA